AUGUCUGUGGAUUCUCCCCUUAUCAAAUUCGAGUCGCCGACGGAGAGCUUUGUCUCGACGCCGGGCACCUCAUACCCGUCGCUCUUCCAACAUUCAAUCGACACCAUGGACCCAUCCGAAGUUAUGACCCCUCGGUCAUUCGAGGAUGAGAGCAUGUUUGGAGGGUCCAUGAACGGGAGCAUGGCUGGAACGCCGGCGCCCGAGAAGAAACAAGUCAAGAAGAGGAAGUCGUGGGGACAACAACUCCCGGAGCCGAAGACCAACCUACCACCGAGGAAACGCGCUAAGACGGAAGACGAGAAAGAACAGCGUCGAGUCGAACGAGUCCUGCGCAACCGUCGGGCAGCCCAAUCAUCGAGGGAGCGCAAGCGUCAGGAGGUCGAGGCUCUUGAGCUUCAAAAGCAAGUCGUUGAGCAAACCAACGCUGAUCUCCUGAAGCGCCUGCAAGAGGCCGAGGCGAGGAAUGCCGCUCUCGAGCGCAAAAUACAACAGAUGAGCGGUAACAUAGAUGCCUUUCAUUCAUCAUCCGCCGCAUCUUCCCCUGGAGCCUCUGAACAACUUCGCCAAACACCCCGCCCAUCCAUUACAUUCUCGCAAAACCUCUUCGGUCCCAGCGAAGCGGACCAACUCCCCAUCAGCCCCCAAUCUCUUGUGGAUUCGUCAAUAGUACAGACUGUCAACCCGGCCUCCCUCUCUCCGGAGAUGAGCCCUGUCGAUUCUUCCUCCAACGCCAACUCCCCCGACUUGACACAACAUCCUGCCGCGAUGUUCUUCAAUCUCACGCAUCUUGUCGAUGAUACUCAUGAUCAACAUGGGUACGAGAGCUAUCUCGACCUUCCUGCACCCACUCAGCCUGAUCUUGAGAUGCUUGAAAACCGGGUCAUCCCUGCCACCGACCAGUUCGAUCAUUACCUUAGUAAUCUGGAUCACAACAACAAUAUCGCCUUUGAAGAAUACCAGUUCGAUGAGUUCCUUAACCACGACGACCAGCCUGCGCCCGAGAUUCAGUCUUCGGAUUCGCUUGCUGAGAAGACUGCUAGCCUGCAACCCCCAUUUGGCGCGUCCACUCAUGGAUGCGACGAUGGCCAUGUUGCGAAUAGGAACGCACCGGGUGUGGCUACUCUCAUGACGUUACUUUGGGCGACCCAUGUUAGUGAGAAAGAGCGAAAGCUGGAAACGCCAAAGCCGGACGCGGCUGCGGUUGUCAGACAGUUGGACGAGCAUGACAUGUUCAGACUUGGCGGGAGACCACGGGUCUCAUACAAACGGAAUGGAAAGCGUGUGAAUCGUAAGCAAAAGUCCUUGGAUCAUAGGCGUACGGCGUCUAAACAUGAUCGGCCUUAA